AUGGCAGCCAUGAGAAACAUGUCGGAUGCCGAACUCAAGGCUGAGUUGCAGGAGCUAGGCGUUACUCCGGGACCUAUCACUGACAGUACCCGAGGGGUGUACCAAAAAAAGCUGCAAAAGUUAAAAGCAGAGUCUGCGAAAAGCCAGAAAAAGUCGAGCGGGAGGACGAGGAGAAGCGAGGGGAACACGAGGAGUAGGCGCAGCGAACCCCUAGAAGAUAAAGGAGAGGAUUGGGAGGAUGAAGAGGACAGUUCCCCCGUGCUGGGGAGGAACAGCUAUGGAGGGAGGUCGGAAAGGGCAGAGGAUAGCUAUUCCUCCUAUAGUAAAGGUGUCCCUGCUCACGUGGGGGGCACAGGACAGGGGAGGAGUGACAGGUCCCCACUGCUGGGAGGGCAUUUAGGUAGAAGCACCGCUGAAUAUGGUGGCUACUCCGAGUAUGAGAAUAGAUCUUCACUGGGAGUGGAGAGAGCUCCAAGAACCACUUUUGAUUAUAGUGGAAUAUUGGAGCAGAACAGGUCCUCCCAGGGAGCGGACAGAUAUACAAGGAACACAUCUGAUUAUGGUGGCUACCUAGGGCAGGAGGUCAGGUCUUCCAUGGGAGGUGAAAGAUUCACAAGGAACACCUCUGAUUAUAGUGGUUACCUUGGGCAAGAGGUCAGGCCCUCCUUAGCAGAUGAUAGAUUUCCAAAAACCACUUCUAGUUAUGGUUCCAUGGAAAAGGAGGUCAUGUCUUCCACGGUAGGUGAUAGAUUUCCAAAAACCACUUCUAGAUUUGGUUCUUUGGGGCACGAGGCCAGGUCCUAUGUGGGAGAUGAUCGGUUUACAAAAACUGCUUCCGAUUAUGGUUCCAUGGGGCAGGAGGUCAGAUCCACCUUGGGAGUUGAUAGAUUUUCAAAAACUACUUCUGAUUAUGGUUCUAUGGAACAGGAGGCCAGGUCUUCUCUAGGAGGUGAGAGAUUUGCAAGAAGCACUCCUGAUUAUGGUGGCUACCUGGGACAGGAGAUAAGGUUAAGGUCAGCAGGUGAAAGAAGUAGCCGGUCAGGUUUGCCUAUAAAUAGGGAUGAGGGUAGACCUUGGUACAGAUACAAUGAAGGGGGGGCAAAGGACCAGCUUUCCUAUAAGAACUAUCCAAAUUUGAGUCAAGGAAAAUCUGCUCUAAGUAAACCAAAUUGGAGUCGAACUCUAGAAUAUUAUUUAUCAAAACUGGUGCGGGCACUGUCAGUAGGCUUAUGUAUUGUCUUCUUUGGUAUUCUCAUUAUGAAGAGUGAAAUACUUUACGGUACACAGCAGGAUGACAUCAAACUUAUUCCUCCUGACUGUGAAGGCAAAGCUGAUAAGUAUUGCCAAGCCAUGCAAAAGCAAACCAUUCUUCAGAUCCUUUCAGAACUAUAUAAUUUUCUGUCGAUAGAGGCUGGUAGCUUUGAGUGUGGAAAUCCUUCCGGUUUGCAAAGCAAGUGUAUACCAAUUAAGAGAGCAAAGGAACAUGUAAUGAAUGCUUUUGACCAUGCACCAGAGAAAUUUGAUUCGGCUCUAGAUUGGCUGCUGAACAGGGAUGAACAUUUAGGAAUAUGGGCAAAAGGCGAAGAUGGUGAGAUUGUCAGCACAAGCUUCCUCGUCUCCUGUGUUGAGUCUUCACGGCCACAUCUUGGAAUUACUUGCCGACUGACAAAUGCGCUUUACACAGCCAUUUCUAACCUUUUCCUGGCCCUUUUUGGUGUCUUUGUUCUCUGGUUAUUUUUGAUCUACUUGCGCUAUCACUGGAGGAAGUUAGAAGAGGAGGAAAAACAGAUGUUUGCUAUGGUCGAGAAAAUCAUUGAUGUUGUUAAACAUCACUACAAAGACUAUCAGCAGAGAAUCGAACAGAACCCAUUCAUUGGUAUCUUACAUGUCAGAGAUACGCUCAUAAUGCCACAGGACAAGAAACUUUUAAAAAAAGUCUGGGAUCGGGCUGUGCAAUUUAUUGAAGAUAAUGAAUCUCGACUUCGUACAGAAUCACAACGGGUGGCUGGAGCAGAUUUGCUUGUGUGGCGCUGGACCCAAACACGACAUGACAUUCCCAGUGAAAGAUAUUCACCCACUUUGUUGUCUACAAUGGGCAGAUAG